AUGGUAAAUGGACUCGUCGCACGUGAGACGCCCAUCCCUAGGACGAUCCUCGUCACCUCCACACUUCCAACACGCAUGGCGGCCGUGUCACACUUUGUGAGCGAGUUUGCACAGGCGUGCCAGACAAAUGACGGCGAGGGGCUUUUUAAAUGCAUGGCACUAGAUGAUGAAAGUUUCUAUAUGCUGCAAUCAGCAUUACAAUCUGUCUCGGUCGGAGAUGUUUGUGAUAAGGCUUUGUCCCUAUCGAGCAGCAUGCAUACCAAACGAUUCACAUCUCUCCUACAUGACACUCUUGAAUACACAAAGUCGAAACCAUUCGUCUUGAACGCAUACUCACAUACAGGUGCGUAUGAUGCAUGGGUGAAAGUAUACUCUUCGAUGAUGUCAUGUUUUACGCUGCCGGAGACCGUAUGGCUGCUACGUGCUCUCAAGUAUGUUGCACUGCAGCUCGUAUUGCUCGCUAUCCAUAUGGACAAUGGUCCACCAUAUGGAAAGACUAUUGAUGCAGCUGGUCGUUUAUCGAAAGCAGCUGGACUCGCGGCAAAUGACCGUAGUUCCCUGCCUGGCACUUGUACUAAACGAGCCGCCGUGCUCAAGCUCGCCAAUCUCAGUUUCCGUGCGUAUUUCAAGCUGAGAAACACGCGUUUAUGUGAAACUGUGCUUGGAUCUGUCAAUAAUGCCCUUCUUAUGAAUCGGCAGAACGAUGAUUCUGACCCAACAGGCGAAGCACUCUAUCCGGUAUCGGAACGAGUCACGUACCAUUUCUACGUGGGCCAAAUUCGCUUGCUGCAGCAUCGUGUGCAAGUGGCUGCGCAACAUCUUCACUGGGCUUUCGACCAUUGCACCAAUUCGCACCCCCACAACAAGCGCAAAAUUCUCAUUUCUCUCAUGGCUGCACAGCUGAUUCUCGGUCGAUACCCGCACGCAGUGCUGCUGGAUCAGUUUCACCUCAGAGAUACAUUUGGCCCAAUGGUGCAUUGUCACAGGCUGGGGCAUGCCGUGGGUGUCAUGUCCGAAUUAGAACGGCACCGCGAGUGGCUACGAACACGGGGGCUAUACAUGCUUCUACGUGAAAAACUUGUGCUGGGAUUGUGGCGCAACUUGUUCCAGCGAUGCAUGCGACUCAAUCCGCAUGUGGAUGAAGCAUCCAACGCACCGCCGACAUUGCCACUGGCAAUGCUGGUGGGGCCAGCACGUUUGGCGUGGAAGGAUAAUACACUUUUGCUGGAGGACAUGGAAUGCAUGGCUGCAAAUCUGGUGGAUCAGGGAUUGAUGAAAGCAUAUAUUUUGCACUCCAAAAGCAUGAUUGUGCUGCAGCGUGGGCCUUUCCGAGGCUUUCCGCCCAUGUCGGAUGUAUACCAGGCCUAG